AUGCUCGAAUCUGUGGUAGCGGUUGGCGUCCCUCACCACAAUCUCCCGGUCGAGGGCCCGGCUCAUGAACCUGAAGGCCUCGUGGCAGUCCCCGCAAAUCCUGACGUUCUUCACCACCCUCAGCGGCUUCCCCAGGGGGGCUCCCCCGCUCAGCAGCCCAUACGCCAGGGCGAGCCUCUCGCUGUGGUGCCAUAGCUCCCUCCUCCCCCCGGCCUCGUACCCCAGCCUCUCCACCUCGCCCAUCAGCUCCUCCACCUUGGCGUAUAUCUCCGCCGCCCGCGUGUGCCUCCUGUCGCCCGCCAGAAACUCGUGCACCUCCCCGCGCACCUCAACCCAACUCCGCCCGCCCUCCUUCUUCACUCCCCGGUACCUCAUCGUGCUCCACAGCUCCGCCACCUCGUCCCUUCUCCCGGCCGCGGCGUAGACGUUGGCGAGCAUGACGUACGCGGAGUCGUCCUGCGGGUCCACCUCCAGAAUCCGCCGGCAGGCCGUCCGCCCCAGGCCGGCGUCGCCGUGGGCCACGCAGGCGGACAGGAGCGUUCGCCAGACGGCCGCGUCCGCCUCGAAGGGCAUCAACCGCGCGACGCGCUCCGCUUCCUCGAGCCGCCCCACGCGCGCUAA